CCGGCGCCGUGCUGGAUGACAGCUAUCCGGCGCCGAAACGCCGAGAGACGCUCAAACGACAGAGCCAUGGCGGCCACGGGUGGAGGGAAAAUUAGAAGCAGGAGAUACCACAUCGCCUCCAAACCUUACGCCAAGAGCAAACAGCAGCAGUCAGGCAUCAUCAGUCGGGUGACAGACACAGUAAAGAGCAUCGUUCCUUCCUGGCUGCAGAAAUACUUCAAGAAUGAAGAUGCUACUGAAGAAGGGGCUGCUGUACCAGAGACAGACCAGAACUGCCAGCCGCCGCCUCCUCCUCCUCCAAAUGGCAGCGAAGAGGGACCUCCUCGUCUUGAUGGACGUGACUCCCCAGAACCUAGCACUAGUUACACAGAGCCCUCAACCAGUCGGGCAUCCCUGAAUUUUCAGGAGUAUGUCCUUUCUCGGCCCCCUCUGAGUCGCUCCCACCUUCAUUUUGCCCCACUGGAUGCCUCCUCUCCAACAUUGGGGGCUUCCAGCAACCUCUUCUCCCAGCCCUCCACCUCCUCAGCCCCUGGACCCUUUUCAACAGGCUUCUCCUUGGUGAAAGAAAUCAAGGACAACCUCUCACAGCACGAAGAUGAUAACAUCUCCACCACGAGUGGGUUCUCCUCCCGCGCCUCUGACAAAGAUGUCCCCACUUCAAAAACGGCAUCACUUCCCCAGCUUUGGUCCCCAGAGAUGGACAGAACAAACUCUGGGCCUCAGCCUUCCCAGUCCAGUCUGAAAAGGCCUGCAUUCAACCUAUCCGUUUUUGGAACGUCUUCCAAUUCGACAUUAAACAGCACAGCACUGAACUCCAGCCAACUUGGAUAUUCACCCUUCUACCCUGGGAAGACCAUGUAUGGUGGGGCAGCGGCGGUCAGGAGCUCUCGCACGCGUCCUGGAACACCAUACCAGGCCCCAGUGAGGAGACAGAUCAAGGCCAAGCCUGCUGGAGCUCAGCCCUGUGGGGUGACGAGUGCCACAGCCAGACGCAUCCUGCAGUCAUUGGAGCGCAUGUCAAGCCCUCUGGCUGAUGCCAAGAGAAUCCCAGCAGCAGCCUCAUCCCCCCUGUCACCAUCUAUGGAUGGCACAAACCUAGAUGCUUCACAUUUCCAGUCAAAAAAGAAACGGAUGGAUUCUAACCUCCCACCGGUGCAGAAGAUGGUGGUUCCUGCUGCAGCCUCAGUGUCAGGAAACCGCUCUGUGUCCUUCAGGCCUACUUUAACUCCUGGAGGAGUAGGACGAAAUGUGGACAGGACCCCAAGAGAGACGCCCACAAGACAAUCACCUCAACUACCUAGGGCAACCCCAGGUCUAUCUCAAAGCACAAUUGGCUCCAGUGGCCCCGCCUAUCCUCUGUCCAGCACGCCUGCAGCCAGCAGCGGUGGCUCUGGAGGGGGCAAGAUGAAGAGAGAGAGGACCACUACGCGAGCCUCCACAAAACGCCCCGAGGAGGAUGAGAUGGUUGAGAUGCCAGACCUUCCGGCCAUUUCACUUCCCAUCAGCGCCGCCACCUUACCCACCUUCAGCUUCUCCCCUCUUUCUGCUCCCACCACCUCCACUGCCUCCAACGUCACUGCUGUCACUCCUGCUAAGGAAACAUUUGCAAAUAAGGAACCUCCAACGGCCUCCACACCCCCCUUUGUACCUUUCACAUUUUCCUCCCCAAUUGUUAAAGCAACUGCUUCUAGCCCACCUACCUUUUCCCCUUCAGCUGGAUUUACCUUUAGUGCACCUGUAGCAAAGUUAGGUUCCUCCAUAACUAACGGGAAGCUGGCCACGCCCAUAGCAGCAGCGGUGAAGUCAGCACCUAACAAAAGCACAGACGAUUUUGAAGGACCCUUUAAACCCGCCAAGGUCCUGAAGCAGGGCAGCGUGCUGGAUCUUCUCAAAGCUCCUGGUUUUGCCUCUCCUGUUGCUCAGCCUUCCUCAGGCUCAGACACUUCUCCCCAGCAGACCUCCAAACAAUCCACUGCCCCCUCUUCCUCCUCCACAACCACCACCCCCCUCUCUUCAUCAACAGGGUUUGGUGAUAUCAACCCGCUUAACUGGACCUGUGAAGUCUGCUGGGUGCCGAACAAGCCAUCAGAUGCAAAGUGUGUUUGCUGUAGUACCCCACAGCCCAAAUCCUCAUCAAAAUCUAUGGACAGUAAGCCUUCACCCACGACCUCAGUUGGGAUGGAUAGCAGCACGAAUGCCACCUCCACCACUACGACCACCACAGGUUUUGGCACAAUGUUUUCCACACCUGCGGGAACCUGGGACUGUGACACGUGUCUUGUUCGUAACAAACCUGAUGCCGUAAAGUGUGUGGCCUGCGAAACGGCCAAACCUGGGACAGGACUUAAACCCUCACUGACUCUUCCCUCUGCCUUCUCAGCUGUUAAGACUGUAUCCACCCCCACAGCCCAUGUUUCCACAGGGUUCAUUGGAAUUGGAGACAAGUUUAAAAAACCAGAGGGUGCAUGGGAAUGUGGUACGUGUUUGGUAGAGAACAAGGCGGAGGACACAAAGUGUGUGGCUUGCACAAACGCCAAACCAGGAGCAUCAGCAGGAGCUUCAGUCGAUUCAUCUUCAGCCAGCACUGCUCCAGUGUUUGGGUUUGGAGAUAAAUUCAAGAAACCAGAGGGUGCCUGGGAGUGUGAAGCCUGUCUUGUACAAAAUAAGGCUGCUGAUGUGCAGUGUGUUGCUUGUCAAACAGUUAAACCUGGAGCUAAGGUGGAGUUCAAAGCUUUUGGUUCAACCGCUGCUGGCUCCUCCACAUUUGGCUCUUCUAAUUCUGGAGGUAUCAAGUUUGGCACAUCUGACAGUACCUCAGGCUCUGGAUCUGGAGGCUUUAAGUUCGGCACAUCUGACAGUACCGAAGGGUCUGGAUCUGGAGGUUUCAAGUUUGGAGGCGUAUUGUCAGAAUCAUCAUCAGGUGGAUUCAAAUUUGGAAUCUCCUCAUCAGAAUCCACUUCUAACGAUGCUACUGCCUCAUCAGGGUUCAAAUUCGGCAGCUCAGGUGAGGGCUUUAAAUUUGGAGCUGCCUCUAGUGAUGACAAAAAGUCAGAAGAGCCUAGCACAGGUUCUGGGUUUAAGUUCGGAGCCAGUGAUGGGAUAGUUUUUGGAACUGGAUCAUCAAGUACAGAAAGCAACACUACUAAGGGUGGCUUCUCUUUUGGACUGUCGAAACCUGAAGAGAAAACAUCGGACACCACCACAUCAUCCUCUGUUACUUUCACAGCACCUGUUUCUUCUCAAGGAAACAGCGACAGUGCUGCAUCAUCAAAUGACACAACAUCAGCAACCACAACCACCACCGCUGGAUCUGUUUUUGGGAGACUGGGAGAGCGAAGUUUGGCGACCACACCACAAGGUGGCUCAACGUUUGGCUCCUUACCGACGGACAAAGAGCCGGCUGCUCCCACGUUUACCUUCGGGAAGCCGGAGGAAAAGAAGGAAGGCGCUGCUCAGUCCACCUUCCUCUUUGAUGCUGCUAGUAAGGAGGCAGAUGCUACACCAGCACCGGCCAAUUCAGGGGGCUUUUCCUUCAGCAAGGCCAGUGCUCCAACAGAACAACCUCCACCCACGUUCGCCUUUGGCAAGCCAGCCGACAAGAGUGAAACAUCUGCUGCAGAGGCCCCAAAGCCCUCCUUCACCUUUGGACAAAGUGCUACAGGUAGUUCAUUUGUGAAUGAUUCUGCUGCUUCUCCAAAACCAGCAUUUUCCUUUAUGGCUAGUAAUCCCACCAACACCACUAGCUCCACCACCUCGUCAUCCUCGACCCCGAUCCCCAGUCUGUUUGGCAACAGUAACAGCUCCACGCAGGCUGCAGCUCCCAGCACUUUCAUGUUCAGUCAGCCCCCUGCAACCGCCAGUGACGGUCCUCCAGCUAAAGCCUUUCUUUUUGGACAGAACCAGGACAGCCAGCCGCCUGCUCCAUCAGCAGCUCCUCUGAACUCUGUCCCAGCCCCAACUCCCUCUCAGACCUUCAUCUUUGGUGCUCCCAACGCUGCUCCCCCUGCUGCUGCUGCUCCAUCCUUCGGCUUUGGAACAGCAGCUCCCUCUGCUGCCUCAUCUUCAGGUCCGUCUGGAGCUCCCCCUCCGUAUGUAUUCAGCUCAGCUCCAGCUGGAGGCUUUGGGGCCAAUCAGACGCCGUCAUUUGGCUCAUCUUUCGGGACCUCUUUCUCAUCCACGCCCUCACAGGCCCCCGCCUUUGGGGCCAAGACAGAAGCAGCCCCUGUCUUUGGACAGCAGGUUAACUCCACACCUGUAUUUGGGGCAGCUACAAAUUCUGCACCAGGUGGAGGCUUUCAGUUUGGAGGAGCCAGUGCAUUCGGAGCCACAAACAACACCUCGGGUGUGUUUACUUUUGGAGUAGGUUCCGCUGCUUCUCCCGCUCCUCCCGCUGCCAGCCCCUCCAUCGCACCCCAGUCAGCACCACCUGGAGGUGGAUUCAACUUCAACUCCCAACCCCCAGGAUUCAACAUUGGGGCAGCUAAAACCUUCACCGCUUCUCCUGGUGGACAGCAAGCGAUCGCAGGGCGCAAGAUCAAGACGGCGGUGCGGCGCAGAAAGUAAAGCUCUAGGGACUCAACUAGAAAGCAGACAUGACUUUGACUUGACUCUCAUCCCCACUGAAGGCUGAAUAAAGUCUUGGGAAGGUCUCCACUGGACAAACACUGAAAUGACUGGGCAUGUGAAGAAGGGAGGAGGCUUGGGGGCCGCUUUAUGCUCGAGCUGGAAUGGGUGGGGCUGCAGGCUGGGCUGAUUAUUCAGAAGCUUUCACACGUAGAUCAGAGCUGUUAAUAUGUGAGACCAUCCCACUGGACUUCUCAUGAGAAAAACUGUCGACUGAGCAAUGACACUGACUUAGAAAACCACAAUCAAGCCAGGGCCCCCCCCCACUGCUCAAUAUGAAAAACAAGCAAGACAGUCAUAUCUUAUUUUUAACACCGGCAAAUGUCUGCUAGACUUUAGGCAUGACUUUUUGUAAUAAAAUUACAAAGCUGCAAAUC